CCAACAUAAAACCAAACAUGGCCACCCACCACCAUCUUUCAUCAUCAUGAUAUUAUGACAUCGUGAAACCAAGAACACAAAAAUGGAUCAACCACCGAGGGUUCGAGUCCCUCUCGUCCUCUUCGUUUUAGUUAUCGUGACCCUUUGUGUCAUCUUUAUCGGAUCAAAUAGAGCCCGAUAUGGACCCAUUGGUGCCAUAACUCAUAAAUUCGAUCCUCGUGUCAAAAAUUUGAUCAUGCAUCCAAGGCAUGUAGAUGACUUAGAAAAGGCAUUGUCUGGAGCUUCAACGCGAUUCAAAACGGUGAUCAUAACGAUUGUAAAUAAAGCCUACGUUGAAGGAGAGAAUUCAAUGCUUGAUAUAUUUUUGGAUGGGUUUUGGAUGGGAGAAAAUACUCGGCCACUUGUUAAUCAUCUUUUAGUCGUGGCAGUCGAUCAAACAGCAUAUGAACGAUGCAUGUUUCGUCGAUUACAUUGUUACAAGUUAAAAACGGAUGGUGUUGAUUUUGUUGGCGAAAAGAUGUAUAUGUCGGAUGAUUUUAUCAAAAUGAUGUGGCAAAGAACACUUUUUCUUGGACAUGUUCUUAAGCGUGGAUACAACUUCAUCUUCACCGAUACCGAUGUAUUAUGGUUUAGAGAUCCAUUUCCUAGGCUAGAUAUAGACGAUAGCAUAGAUCUUGAGAUCAGCGUUGACAAGUUUAACGGCGACCAAUGGUCAGAAACGGACCAACUGAUCAACACGGGUUUCUAUAUCAUCAAAUCAAACAGCAAGACCAUAACCUUGUUCGACGAAUGGUACGCAAGGAAGGACAACUCAACGGGGAUGAAAGAACAAGACGUUCUUCUUGAACUAAUGAGGAAAGGUGCAUUUAGAAGGCUAGGCCUUAAAGUUAGGUUCUUGGACACUAUUUUUUUCAGUGGAAUUUGUGAAGAUAGUAGAGAUGUUAGGGCUGUUGUAACUAUACAUGCAAAUUGUUGUAGGAGUAUUAAAGCCAAAGUGCAGGAUUUAAAGAGGAUUAUGCAUGAUUGGCAGAGGUUUAAGGAUUCUAAUCCCAUUGAUGAUCAGAAUUUUCAAUUUACUUGGUCAAAUCACUCUGCCUGUCUUGAAUCAUGGGAUCAAUGA